GAGAGCAGUUACCAUGUCAUUAAUUCCGUACAAGACAGCAGAGGUAACACACUGCAUUUCAUAACACACUGAGAUGGCAACCUGUUGAAUUCCUCCUCCCCUCAGAAAAGCUGUUCGGCCAUGGAAAUUGUGGACUUGCGGCUGUGGAAUACAUUCCUAUUUGUUCUUUGUUACUUUGAAUGCAGAGCUGAGGACUCUGUUGAUCAGCUAGCAGGAUUCCUCACUGCUUCUGAGGGAGAUUCAGUAACUCUGCCCUGUACUUACACCAGCUCCAGCACAGGACUACUGUAUCUGUUCUGGUACCAGCAGAAACCUAAUGGAUUCCCUGCAUACAUGCUGAGACGGUUCUCAGAAAUGGGCGAUAAUGAUGAAGGUUUUAAGAAGAGAUUUGAGGCCAAUCUCACCUCAAACUCAGUUCCUCUGACCAUCCAGAAUCUGCAAGUGUCUGACUCUGCUGUGUACUACUGUGCUCUGAGGCCCACAGUGGCAGAUGCACACUCAACACUCAUACAAAAACACCAGCUCGCUAGUCACACAGAGAAUAUACUAUAUAUUAUUACUAUAAUAUGUUUUACAAAGGUGAUUUGUCAACAGAUAGGCAAACUCCCACAUAAAUUGAUUAUUAAAAUGGCUAAAACUAUAAACCAGUCAUUUGAGAAAAAAGAAGCCUUUCAUUUAGAACUGAUUCUUUAUGAAAUAUUACGACAUGUAGAUCACAGGGAACUCACAGAACACAAUCAAAUAACAGAGAUCAGUUAUGUAAUGAUAAGUACUCUGAUUGGCGAGUAAAGUUGCUGAGAUAAUUGCUUCAAAAGGAGCCACAAAAAAAAAAGAAAAAAGGUACACUCAGUACACUCUGCUGUAUACCAAGAUAAUAAUGCAGUUAAGAUACAUUUUAUUUCCUUAAACAGCAUUAUGUGUAAUCAUUAGUAGAAUUAUUUCACUGUU